GUGGCUAUGUAACACCAUAUUACAUAGUGUUCCUUACUGAGACAGUCUACAUAUCUGAAAGCACUCACAGCAUUAUUGACCUCAUUUACCAUUCUGGUUUUAGUUUCCUCUUCAUUUAUGGCCCCAAGAAUUUAUCUUACUCUUUUAACUGUUCACUUAAAAGGAUGUUAAAUUUUAUCUAGUGUUUUUUGUAAGCUGGGAGGUUUUAUAUUAUAUAGCUCAUGGUAUUGACAAAAGUAGAAUAUAGGCUCUCCUUCCAUUUAUUUCUCCCCUCCAAUCCAUCAUCUUUAUUGCAAAGCAAUUUAUCUAAAAUGAAAAUCUGUUCAUGUUACAUUUAUGUUUUCAAGACCCCUCUUCUCUCAGAAUGCAGCCCAAGCUCAGCUCUGUAUGGACGCACUCAGUAGCCUAGCCCCUGCCUGUUUCCUCAUCCUUAUCUUUCAUUGCAUCUUCUCCUUGAACUUCAUGUUCAAGCAGUGUCAAAUAUUUGGUCAUAACCUUCAUAAUCCCUCAUUGUUUACAUAUUUGUCUCCCUCCUGGUCUGAAUUCCUAGGAAAGGACUUGGUUUUUUUCUUUUAGUCUCUGGAAUCUCAAUCCCUAGCCCAGGGACUGACCCAGAGAAGCACUGAUGCUGGGACUUCUGCUGUAUCCAGGAGGGUGGUGGCAUCAUCAUGAACAUCUGUGGAGCAGCUCAGGGCACAGCCUGGCCCCAGGUAUUAGAGGAGUUCUGAAUUGGGACAGAUGUCGUGUCUGUCUUCAGAGAGCUCUCAAAGAAAGUAGUUUUGAGGCUUCAAGUUCCUAAUGAGCCAAAGCAUCGCAGACUCAUGCUGCUUCAGGCACAGUUCCCUGCCAACUUCCCUUAUCAUUUUCUGAGAGUCUGUGGUGACUGUGCGAUUGAACACCAGAUGACCCUGCGUGUGUCUUUUUACAGGUUGUACCUGUGAUGCUUCACACAGCCCCUGACAGUUCCCUUUGGACUGUUCUUUAUUCUUGCUGUGAAGGUGAAAGAGGGCAGUGAUACCCACGAGAGUGGAUGAGUGAAGAAUGGGGCCUUGGUUCAGUACUAGGAAAGGCCAACUUUGCCUCACUGAGCUUUCCUUUGCUGCUGGGCGACUAGGGAUAUAUCUUCCUUCCUCUUAGUCCUUCUAUUGCUGUCCCAGGAAGGCUGUGAGCCAUUGGCCUUUCUGUUCCAGGGGGGCCAAAAAUAUUAAGUCUCCAAAUGAGCUGUACGCAGUGCCCAGCACUUAUUAUAAUAAGUGCUUAUGGAAAUACUUUUUGGGUUGAAGGCUGUUUGGUUUAUUCCUGUUUGUUCCCUAUCUCACAGGAGGCCUGCAAGCUACUUCCAUCCUAGGCUUGUGAGGAGAGUGGUAGGCAGGUGAGAGCACUGGGCUGAGAGUCAGAAGUCUAGAUUUAACCCUACCUCUGCCCUCAACUGGCUGCAUGACUUAGAGUAAGUUGCUUUACCACUCUGUUUCUAUGUACUGUAUGUAAGAUAUUGAGCCUGGACCUGAGGUGCUUGUGAGGUGCUCAGUGACCAUGUCUUCCCUUUUCUAGAUACUUGUGGGGUGUUUGUACUCACUUUAUAUAUCAGAAAACCUUUUGUCUUCCUUCUUUUCAUUCUUGUCACAUCUUUGUUAAUCCCUUUCCAGGCUGAAGCAAAGUCUCUCUGUGUGUGUACACAGAAGAUUAGAAAAAAGCCCAGUGCAAAGAGGAAAUCCCUCUUCUACUCUGACCACCAACUUAUUCUAUUGUGUACCCUGAUUUCUCAUCCUUAUUAUCUGUGGUCUUUUUAUUCAGGGCCUCAGACAUGAAAGAAAUUGGGCUAAAUAACCUCAUACAGGAAGUUAAUCUGACUGAUUGACUACAUUUCCCAGAAAUACAAAGAAUAACAUCAAAGGGGCAUUACAAGUUAUCAGAGAGGAAAUGGUCCUCACAAGGAACCUGACAGGUCAGAGCAGGAGGGGAGUCUGUGUGAGUGGGCCAGGGAAGUGGGGCAUGGGCUGGGCAGCGGGGACAGAUUCGUCAAUGUUCUCCCAGUGCCCAGUUCUUUGCCUUCAUCUGCUGCUUCUCUUUCUUCAACUGCUUCAUUAACUUGAGUAGAAGCUUGGGCCAACUUUCAGGGUAGCUGUUGGCUGGUGGUUUCUCUGGGGGAGAGCUGGGAGACUGCCAUAAUCGCUCCCAUUAGCAGUUGGCAGCUCCCCAAGCUGCUUUCUAACCUGGACUGGCUCAGCCCUAACAUCUGCUGGACCUGCUGUGAUGCUCACACACAGUGCAGGCUGUGUAUCUGCUGUUUAGUCCCCACGUUGCCCCAUGAUGGUGGGCCUUGGCACCAGCUGGCAUAGUGGAACCUCUCACACUGUGAAGCCUGUGAAGAUUAGCUCCAAGAACCACUGCUCUUAAUGAGAGCAGCUUUACUCUCUGGCACUUACCGAAGUGCAAAGCUGUGGGGGAACAGAACUCUGAAUGUGGCCUCAGGAAGGAAUCCAGGCCAGAAAAGUCAUUAGUGGCCUGUGCUAUGAGUAAAUGAUCCCUGGGAGGUUAAGACGAGAUGAUAACAUCCUCAUAACCAGCUACCUUUAACUGAGUACAUACUCUGCUCAGAGCACGCAACCCUUUGAACUCAUGACCUCUCUUUAUACAACAGCCUAUUAGGUACAUACUGUUCCCUUUUUACAGUUGGAUAAUUGGAGGCUCACAGAGGUGAAAAAAAACCAAAACAGUCCAAGAUCACACAAGCUCAGUGGCAGAGCUGAAACCACCAACCCCAGAGCUCAAGCUCUUACCACCAUACCUGCUGUACCUUGCAUGAUGACCGGACAUGGAACUUUUCAAAGGUUGUGUGUGUGCCAAGAGCAAGUGGAAAUAAUGUAGGUUGUGACUUCUAAAUCCCACAUACCCAUGGAUUAGUUGUACAGACUGAUGUCCAAGAGACUGGAGAAAGCAGGUUUGGCUCACACUGACCCUUACUUAAGAGGCAGGUUCAGGGGCGAGGCCUGAUCCCCUCUCUCAGGCUGUGUGGUGUUGUCUAGGAAGGUGAGCCAAGCUGCAGAAGGUUUAAGGGUCAUGAAGUGAAGGCAGGGAGCCUGCAGACUGAAGCGUGGGGAAGGAAGAAAGGGUAGGCAAGCUUCUGGCCUUGCUUGCAUAUGCCUGGGAUGUUUGCAUUAUACAUGAGCCUCAUCUUUUUUAUUUAAAAAAAAAUUUUUUUUAGCCCCAGCUGCUCUAGUAAUUUUUUUUCUCCCCUAAACCCUUCAAGGCAUAAUUCUGUCUGCUGCCUUCCUGAGUCACUGGCAAAUACCCAGCCCCAGUCAUGGACUGAGUCCAUGGGCGUGAGUCAGUAUGAGCCCCAAGCUUAUAUUAGGUGCAGGGCUACUGUGCCUUGUGUCCAGCUGGGGGUGGGGGAGCCGUUGUGACAGCCACCAUCACCUGCUCUGAGCCUUUGUUUGUAUCAAGGCACUCAUACUGCUAAAUGUCCCUUUGUGUUCCUCUUUGCUAGAUACAACUCCCUAUUGUUUGCAAUUCCUGCUUUAAAAAACUCAGAAUACCAAAAGCCCCACUUGGAUGGGCCAUGUAAAUAAUUAUUUUACCUGUCCUUUCUUCCCCAGCAGUUAUAUUCAGAAAACUGCUCCAUUUUCUGGAAACUGGGACCUCCCUAUGGAUGGCUCACUGAACCCAGUGCAGGGCACAUGAAUAUGUAGAAAUGUCUGGGACUGCUGUUCCUGGUCCUUUUAAUCAGUAUGGCCCGAUUCCUCCAUUAGUUUGAAGUGCCUUAAGGAGAGGCAGGAUGGCCCAGUGAAAAUGGCAGUAGACAGUGUAGAGGCCAAAGCUGCCCCGUUACCUGCAAAAGGAGCAGAGGCCUGAACCUGUCUACUGAGCUUGGUGUUCCGUGGAAUGGUCUAUACUGAGAACAAGGCCAAGCGGUCACUAACCACUUAAGGCUCCAGGGAUUCUCCUGGUGGGACCUCGGGAAACUUUUCUAGGAAUCCUGUGCUCCCUUUAGUUUCUCCGCGCUGAUAGCCCACCCCCUUGGCCAUCAUCAUUUUGACAGCUCCCUCCUCCUCCCCUCUUAUCCCCCUGAGUAAAUGUGCCCUGGGAGGUUAAGGCUCUUGCUCCCCCUUUUCCUUCUGCUGAUCCAGCAAGCCAUGCUUUCUCCUUUUCUGAUCUCUACUCCUCUCCCCCUUGAAUCCAGUCCUGGUUUCCCCGCAGCCAGCCUCCCUUUCCUCACCGACUGGGCUAGCCCCCGCCCCGCUGCGCCCGCCGUCACCGCGGCGGGUUCAGCCCCUCGCCAACCCCGUGCUCUCUGCCACCCGGGGCUCGGCUUGCCCAGUCCCGCGGCUCCAGUCUGGAUCUCGCUGCUGCCCGACCGGGGUACGAGUGCCGCUGCUGAGGAGGAGGCGGCGGCUGGCCCGCUCCCCUCAGCCGCCUCGCCAGCCCGGAGUUGGUGGGGAGGGAACAGCUGGCAGCCCCCCGGAGGACAAUGCACCCAGCUCUCGGCCACCCCCGCUCGGUCUCGUCCUCGUCCGGCUCAUUCCCGCCACCCCCCGCCGCCGCCCGGCCGCAGCCCCUCUUCCUCCGGGGGGGAUCCCCCAGCGGCCGGCGAGGCUCGGGCGAUAGCAGCACCAGCACCAGCCGCGGGGGAAGCGGCGGCCGACGAGGCGGGGGCGGCGGCUCCCCCAGCAGCAACACCAGCGCCGAGCGGGAGGACGACGACGAGAGCAUCAGUAUCAGUAAGCCGCUGGUGCCUGCGGCUGCCGCUGGGAUCCUGGGUCCCCUGGCUCAGGGGGGCGCUCCAGACGCCGACCCUGCGCCCGCCGCCUUCUCCUCCUCGGCCGGCACCCCCUCCUCCACCUCCACGCCUACCUCCUCCUGCAGCAUGACAGCCGCGGACUUCGGCGGGGGCGCUGCGGCCGGGGGCAUCGGGGGUCCGGGGGGCCGCUCAACUGGGGGCGCGGGCGGCACGGGGACCGGUAGCAGCGCCUCCUGCUGUUCGUGCUGCUGCUGUUGCUGUGGCGGCCGCCGGGCCCGACCCGGCCGCAGGGGUCCGCGCAGCUGCUGCACUCCCUGUCCGGGAUGCCGUUGGGGCUACCAGGCGCUGUCCGUGGUGCUGUUGCUGGCGCAGGGCGGGCUGCUGGACCUGUACCUCAUCGCCGUCACCGACCUGUACUGGUGCUCAUGGAUCGCCACCGACCUGGUUGUGGUGGUGGGCUGGGCCAUCUUCUUCGCCAAGAACAGCCGAGCCCGUCCCGGCAGCGCGGCGAGUGGCGCGCACAACCACCACCAGCACCACCACCACGCUGCGCCGCCCCUGCACCUUCCCACAGCCUCCGCCGGGGCUGCGGCCGGAGCCAAGGCGCGCUGCGGCCGCGGAGGUGUCGGAGGCGCCGGGGGCGGCCCGGGGGCGGCCGCGGCCACGGGCGAGUUCGCCUUCGCCUACCUGGCCUGGCUCAUCUACUCCAUCGCCUUCACGCCUAAGGUGGUGCUCAUCUUGGGCACAUCCAUCCUGGACCUCAUUGAGCUGCGCGCGCCCUUCGGCACCACGGGCUUCCGCCUCACCAUGGCACUGUCGGUUCCUCUGCUCUACAGCUUGGUGCGGGCCAUCAGCGAGGCGGGCGCCCCGCCAGGCUCAACGGGUCCCCUGCUUCUGCAGCCCCAGCAGCACCGCGCCGCCGGCUGCUUCCUGGGCACGUGUUUGGACCUGCUUGACAGCUUCACUCUGGUGGAGCUGAUGCUGGAAGGCCGCGUGCCGCUCCCCGCACACCUGCGCUACCUGCUCAUUGCAGUCUACUUCCUCACCCUCGCCUCGCCGGUGCUUUGGCUCUACGAGCUCAACGCAGCAGCCGUGGCUUCAUCCUGGGGCCAGGCUUCCGGGCCCGGCAGCUGCAGCCGCCUUUUGCGCCUGCUGGGCGGCUGCCUGAUGGACGUGCCCUUGCUGGCGCUGCGUUGCCUCCUGGUGGUGAGCUACCAGCAGCCCCUCUCCAUCUUCAUGCUCAAGAACCUCUUCUUCCUCGGUUGCCGUGGCCUGGAGGCCCUAGAGGGCUGUUGGGACCCCGGAAGUCGGACCUCCCCUAGUCGGGCCAGAGGGAGCUACGGUGCUCCGCCCUCUGCCCCGCCUCCACCGCCACCGCCACCACCGCCACCACCUCAGGGAGGCUCCCAGCUGGGUCACUGCAUCUCGGACAACGAGGGGGGUGCUCAUGGCUAUGUCAACACCCUGGCUGUGGCCUCCCAGAAUUGAGGGAGAUAAAGAAGGGGGCUUGCUUGCUUUUCGGUUGCGAGACCCCAGCUCCCUUGUCCUCUGACCUCUCACCCAGAUUUGAUCAGGCUCUCUUUGGAAGAGGUAACUAUUAAUAGGGCUAAGGGCUAGUGUGUCCUUCUGUACCCCUUGAGUCAAGAUUGCUCGGAGGUAGACCAGCAGCUAAUGGUGAGGGAGGAAGGUCCACAUUCUCUAUUCUCACUUCUCCAUGCCUGACCCUAAUCCUAGCCUCCAAGGGGCUGGAUACCUCUGCUUCUUGCUUUUCCCACCUCCACCCUAAUUCCUAUCCAUUGUGUAUGUGUGGGGGGAUAGAAAAGAGGGGGUGCCCAGGCAGGGGGUGCUGGGCUUUAGGCCUUCCCCCUUGCUUGGAAGUGCCAGUUUGUUUUAGGCUGUGGUUAGUGACCAUUGUCCCAUGCCUUGAAAUUAACCCAGAAUCUACUGUCCCCUGAUGUGUCUAUUGGGUUUCUUCCAGAUGGUAAAUGCAAAGUCUGUGUCUCUGUGUAUGUGUAGUGUUGUUUCCUUGGGUCCACCUUGUGGCCCCUUGCAACCAGUAGGAGAUCUGGGGAGGCCCUGCCCUCCCCACCAUAUAAACCACCAUCUUCCUUAUUUCUACGUGAAUUCGUGGCCAUGAAUUCCCAGAAAGAGCUGGGCUCCUGGGAGCUGCCCACUUGUUCUCCUUCAAGGGAGAAGCUCACCCAGGAUCUUCCUCAAUCUUGCUCCUCUCUCCUCAGCUUGGCGGGAGGAAAGGGUUCAUACUCUAAGGACCAAACUGCACCCUUUCUUGGGUGAGUGAGCAUUUCUACCUCUGUGCUUUCGACUUUUGUUGCAUCACGCACUGAUGCUGCUUGCAAAAAAUAAAGACAAAAUAUUCGGAAGUUGCAUUUAACAUGGCUACUGGAUCCAGCUGGGAUUUGGUGCCAGUGUUAUUACAGGGUCUGUGGAGUAUCGGCCAUUGGCUUGCCCUCCUCUCUCUGCACCCAGAACUCUUAUCCUUGUGCACUGGGUUAGAUCUAGGCUCAGAACAACAGCUCUGGUGGGGUUCCUGGAAGAUGUGAAGCUGAGUCUCACAUGGGCCCAAAGGAUUAGGAAAUCCAAUUCUGUGCCCCCCCUUUCCACCCUCCCUCUAGGAAGUUUGGUGUAGACCAGGAACAGUGGUGGUGACCUUUGUCCUCUGCUCUGGUUAAGAGAAUCACCAGGGAAAGUGCAGGCUUCUUGAAACAGGGUGGGCAAACCCUACCCUGUCCAGCUUUCCUCUCUGGUGUUCCUCUUGUUGAGGCUGAUGACAUGGGACAUCCAGGCAUUGCUCACCAAUCUUGGACAUCACUCUUGGAAUCCUUGAGGCAGAAUAAGUAUUUUUAGGGGAGGUAAGAGUACAGGAGGACAGUUUGAAGCAAGGCCAGGAAAUACUCUCCCCCACCCUGUAAUAGGAUGGGGUAGGGUGAAAUUGUAAGAAUUUUUGUUUCCCCUUCUUCCUUCUUAUGCUUGGGAACUUUUGUGUGGUGUAAUAAGUCCUGGACAUGUAAUAAACUCAGAAGUCAUGGAAUAUAGUUUUGACUUUGUCACUCAUUAGCUGUGAGUGACACAUCACUUUUGCUUUCUGGGCCUCAGUUUUUUGCUUGGGGCCUUUCUCUCCCAAUUUCUUGGGGGCUUGCUGACAGAAGAUGUCCAUGUAGACAGAGACACAAGAUGGGCUGAUGGCUUGACCACAGUUCUCCUGAGCUUCCCCCUACUCUCACAGUGGGGAAACAAUGGAGGAAAAAUGUUUACACUCAGUGCACUAUCUGUGCUUCCAGUCCCUCAUCUUACUGGGUCCAAUAUAAGCUGGUUGUUUGCAGCUAAUUGUUUUUUUCUGCCUUCUUUCCUUCCUCUACUAACUCCUCUUGUUUCCCUUUGAAUUCCAUUUGCUCCGAGUUCUGGGCCCAGAUCCUGGGUAGGCCCCAAUAGCUGCUUCCUCUAUUUCCACAUCCUCUCUCCAGCUUUGCUGUUUCUCUGCUACCUAAUCUCAGUGACUAUGAAAGGACUUUGUGUCUGAGCCAUGGCCAGCUCCUGGCUGGCCCCCUGCCCUACCCCCUUUCUACUGAUUGGAUGGUGGUCUCCCUGCUGAGUGACUGACUGUAAAACUCUGAGUGCUAUUGGAUUUUCUGGUGGGAGGCUGUGAUAGGUUCCCAUGAGCUGCCACUUUCCUAAGUACGUUGAUAGACUGAUGGCAACCAGGCCAAUUCUGGUAGAGGCCAGGCCUUUGCAGGCCCUGUCCCCACUGCCACCCCUCCUGCCUGACAUCCUCUUCCAAACAUUUGGUGCAAGCACCUUGUGCUCAGGGGGUCAGUCCCUUCCUGCCUUCUGGUGUUUUUCAUUAUCCCUUUUACUUAUUUCCGUUGCCCCAUUCGCAAGAAGAAAUGACUUCUAAAGCUUCAUUUUUCUUGCUUCCUAGGGGCAUCUAUAGGGGGUCAAACUGGAGACAUUCCCCAUGGGCCUGAUAGACAGGAGUACACUGUCUUCUGAGGCUGAUGCCAGCAGCACAGUUCACAGACCAGAACCCGGGUUCAGAAUCCAGACUACCUGCCUCUAACAUUUGAGCCAGUCAGAGUGUCCUCGCUCAGGGGUUGGACCACACCCAUGCUAAAGGGCGUUCUGAUAGAACCUGUCCUGGCUCUGAUGCCACCUGUUUUGGGGGAAGAGCUAGAUGGCAGUUAGAGCCUGGAAGAAGGGAAGUGGCACAUCACUAGCAUUUAUCAUGUUUUUAAAUCCCCAUUCUCUUUUUAAAAAUAAAACCAGCUUGUUCUGAAAAUAAAAAACUUGA